AUAUCACAUAGAAACAUCAUGCAAGUUACCGACGAUGUCAGAGUUAUCUCAGGCUGUGCAACAGAGACUGCGUGGCAUCGGAGAUUCUGAUGAGAAAACUGUAACUCUUCAGUUGCAAACGGCUCUGUGACGAACCAGAAGAACAAAGAAGAGACUAUUUUUCUCGACACAUUGGACAGGCCACGAGAUGUGUUCUAAUGAGGGAGGAAUACCGGUACGUGUGGUGCUGGGAGUGCUGGUUUUCUUCAUGUUCGUGCUGACGCAGAUGAUGCGGACAAACUUGUACUUGGUUAUCAUUGAAAUAACAAAUGUUAAAAAUACGACUGCAGCACAGAAUGGCUCGACAAGUGCGGAGGUGGCCUGGACGAGGCCGCAGACCGGCAUGCUGAUGGGCUCCGUGUUCUGGUGCGCCUGGCUGACGGAGCUGCCCGGCGGGGUGCUGGCGACCCGGCUGGGCGGCUCGCGGCUGCUGCUGGCCAGUGUGCUGGCGGCGGUGCUGCUGAACCUGGCCACGCCGCUGGCGGUGCGCCUGCACUUCUGGGCCGCGCUGGCGGUGCGCCUGCUGCAGGGCCUCGUGCUGGGUGUGUCGUGGCCAUGUGUCAACGCCUUGGCAGCUCGGUGGAUUCCUGUGUUGGAACGCAGCAAGUUCAUGGCAUCCUUUAACGGCACGGCGGUGGGCGGCGCCCUCAACUACGCGCUGAGCGGCGUGCUGAUCGCGCGCCUGGGCUGGCAGAGCGUGUUCUACCUGAGCGGACUGCUGGGCGCGCUGUGGUGCUGCGCCUGGGCGCGCCUCGCGCACGACUCCCCGGACCAGCACCCGCGCAUCUCCCGCGCUGAGCGGAGCUACCUGCAGGCCUCCGUGUCGCCCGACCAGAAGAAACCCAGGAAGAUCCCGUGGAGCGGCAUCCUGGGGUCGGGUCCCUUCUGGGCCGUGCUGGUGACGUCACAGGCCGCGGUGUGGGUGUCGGUGACCCUCUCGAUGCAGGUGCCGGCGUACCUGAGCAGCGUGCACCACCUGGGCGUGGCCGCGAAUGGAUUUAUCGCAUCCCUUACAGAAAUCUCCAAGUUUGUCACUGGUGUGAUAAUCUCAGCUGCAAUAGACUCAUCUAUGGAGAAGAAAAAGCUGUCUAUCACUGCAGCACGAAAACUUGCAGUUACUAUAUCUAUCCUGCUGCCAGGACUCGCUCUGGUGGUGCUGGGCUGCUGCGCGCACCACCCGGUGCUCGCUGUGGCAAUACUGGUGCUCGCGAGCUCUGCUUCUGGAGCGAGCACCUCCGGCAACCUGGCCAACACUGUCGACAUCUCGCCCAACUAUGCAGGAAUCAUGAUUGGGCUUGUCAAAACUGUGGUGGUCAUUCCCGGGUCGCUGGCUCCCCUCGUCGCAAGUAUCUUAGUGACAGAUGAUGAUGUCGUGGCCGGCUGGAAUCAGCUAUUCUGUGUGACCGCAGCCCUGAGCACAGCGGGCUGCCUGGUGUUUGUGUUCCUGGGCUCCGGGGAGGUGCAGCCUUGGAACGACUACCAACCUAAACUUGAAACAGCCACCGAGACCGAAGAUCUCGUGCAAACCAAAGAAUAAAACUUUGAAUUUCC